AUGAACCCCGCCUUAGGCCAAGUACAGAGUCUGGCUCCCAAGCAAGCACACGAGAAAGUGGUGGUUGAACCAAAUCCAGCGGAAUUGAAUGACGAGGUGGAGCUUAAGCAGGAAGAUCUGGCAGAUCCAGUGCCAGAAGACGCUCCGGUUAGAAACCUUCGACCACGUGAGAAUCUAAAGGCUCCUGAGAAACUCAACUUGGUGGCAGUAGCGAUGAUAACUGCAAAGGAGGCAAUUCAGAUCGAUCAUGCUGAUGAGUGGAAACUUGCGAUGCAGGACGAUCGACAACCACGUGCAGAUGGCGCGCCGGGGAAACGACUGCUACCAGCCAAGUGGGUUCUGAAGCUGAAGCUUGCAGAGGACGAUAAAGUCUCAAGAUUUAAGUCUGCGUACUUGGACCGCGUGCUGCAAGAUUUCCAGAUGGAGUGCAACUCCGUGAAACUACCGGGGGAAAAUCAUCGAGAAGAGGACAAAACACCACGUCUGGAGGAGGAAAUGAAGAAGGAGUACCAGACGGUGGUUGGAAAACUGAUUCCUUUCACUAGGCCCCACCUAGAGCAUCCUAUAAAAGCCGCCGGAUUUCUGAUGAUCAUCACAGUUUUCAGUUCUCUUCUCGUUGAGCUCAAGUACCACAAAAUGCAUUUCUUCGUGGUUGUAAUGGUCGUGGGUUUUUCCUGUGCCGUUAAUGCCGGUUUCGCCAGUCAUGAUGCUGGAGGUUACGGCGGCGGAGACUUUGGAGGACAUGGCGGCGGCUUUGCCAGUGGCAGUGGAUUGGAUUUAGGAGGACACGGUGGAGACAUUGGCGGUGGCGGAUUUGAGGAACACCAUCACGGGGGGCACUUGGAAACAAAAACUGUUGAGGUUACGAAACCGGUGCAUGUACCAGUCAUUAAGAAAAUUGGCAUUCCGGUGCCGCAUCCAGUUGGAGUUCCGGUACCGCAAGUCAUAAAGGUUCCGGUUCCCCAACCUUACCCUGUACAUAUACCGGUUCCACAGCCGAUUGCAGUUCCUAUCUACAAAUUAGUGCCGCAAGAAAUCGAGAAAAAGGUUCCCAUUACUAUUGAAAAACCAGUCCCGUAUCCAGUGGAAAAGCCCUACAAAAUUGAAAUCGAGAAACAUCAUCCAGUUCACAUCGCCAAACCAUACCCCGUUCAUGUACCGGUCUACAAACACGUGUACCACCACGUCCCUAAACACGGAUGGCAAUAAAUGCCGCAAUUUGUGAUUGACUGUACUUCCAUCGCCAUCAUAUUUCAUUCAUUAAUUUCAUCUUGUUGUUAUUGUUGUUGUUGAUUGUAUACUUUUGUUGUUUUCAUCGUUUUUAUGUAUAAUAUAAAGAAAGUGGAAUAUUAA